GGGGCCGGGCGCCCUCCCUGCCGCCUGCUCCGCCGCUAUGAGCCAGGGAAGCCCGGGGGAGUGGGCUCCCCUCGACCUCACCGCCGGGACCCCCAACCCCUUCGUGCAUGAGUUACAUCUCUCUCGCCUCCAGAGGGUUAAGUUCUGCCUCCUGGGGGCGCUACUGGCCCCCAUCCGAGUGCUUCUGGCCUUUAUUGUCCUCUUUCUCCUCUGGCCCUUCGCCUGGCUGCAAGUGGUGGGUCUUACCGAUGAGCAGCUACAGGAGCCAGUUACAGGAUGGAGGAAGAGUGUGUGCCACAGUGGGGUGCUGGGCCUCGGCCGCCUGCUCUUUUUCCUACUGGGCUUCCUCCGGAUUCGAGUUCGGGGCCAGCGGGCCUCUCGCCUUCAAGCUCCUGUUCUCGUUGCUGCCCCCCACUCCACUUUCUUUGACCCCAUUGUUCUGCUGCCCUGUGACCUGCCCAAGGUUGUGUCCCGAGCUGAGAACCUUUCCGUGCCUGUCAUUGGAGCCCUCCUUCGCUUCAACCAAGCCAUCUUUGUCUCCCGGCACGACCCGGCUUCUCGGCGUGAAGUGGUGGAGGAGGUCCGAAGGCGGGCAACCUCAGGAGGCAAGUGGCCCCAGGUGCUGUUCUUUCCUGAGGGCACCUGUUCCAAUAAGAAGGCUUUGCUUAAGUUCAAACCAGGAGCCUUCAUUGCUGGGGUGCCUGUGCAGCCUGUCCUCAUCCGCUACCCCAACAGUGUGGACACCACCAGCUGGGCAUGGAGGGGCCCUGGAGUACUCAAAGUCCUCUGGCUCACAGCCUCUCAGCCCUGCAGCAUCGUGGAUGUGGAGUUCCUCCCUGUGUACCACCCCAGCCCUGAGGAGAGCAGGGACCCCAGCCUCUAUGCCAACAAUGUCCAGAGGGUCAUGGCACAGGCCCUGGGCAUUCCAGCCACCGAAUGUGAGGUUGUAGGAAACUUGCCUGUGAUUGUGAUGGGCCGGCUGAAGGUGGCGCUGGAGCCACGGCUCUGGGAACUGGGGAAGGUGCUUCUGAAGGCUGGGCUGUCCCCCAGCUGUGUGGAUGCCGGGGCAGAGCCAGGGCGGAGUCGAAUGAUCAGUCAGGACGAGUUUGCCAGGCAGCUACAGCUCUCUGAUCCUCAGACGGUGGCUGGUGCCUUUAGCUACUUCCAUCAGGACACCAAGGGUUCGGUGGACUUCCGAGAUGUGGCCCUUGCACUGGCAGCUCUGGAUGGGGGCAGGAGCCUGGAGGAGCUGAUGUGCCUGGCCUUUGAGCUUUUCGCCGAAGAGCAAGCAGAGGGGCGCGGCCGCCUGCUCCACCAGGACGGCUUCAGCUCCAUCCUGCACCUGCUACUGGGCUCGCCCCGCCCCGCCGCGGCCACUCUGCACGCCGAGCUGUGCCGGGAGCUGUGCCAGGCGGGCCCCGGCCAGGGCCUCUCCCUCCAGGGCCUCUCCCUCCGUCAGUUCCAGGACUUCUCCCUCCGUGACCCCCUCUAUGGGAAGGUCUUCAGCACCUACCUGUGCCUCCCACACGCCCCUCGUGGCACCCCGCAGCGGUCAAAGGCCUCAUCCCCCGGCGGCCCCACUGCUCUGGCCAACGGGACCGCGCAGGCGCCCAAGCAGAAGGGCGACUGAGUGCCUGGGCCCUUCUCGCCGCCUCCCCCCAGCUGGCACCCGGCCUGCAGACUCCGGGCAGCGCCAGGGCCACCCCGUGCCUCACCCACCUCUGCUCCUCUCUGAGUUUUUGUCGUUGUUUUA